GGCAGCGGCGUCGUCGUCGGCGGCGGCGGCGGCGGCGGCGCUCGGCGCGGGUAGGUCCCCCUGCUGCCCGGUCCCAUUUGUUGCGGAGUCUGGCUCGGGGCGGCCGCGGCACUCGGAGCUCCAGAAGAGCCCGACAGGGCAGCCGCGCAGCCACGACGGAGCAGCCGCGGGACUGGCCUCCCCGAGCCCCCUUCGCCGCCGUGCCCUUCCCCGGCGCGCUCACUCCCUUCUCAGGAUGGGAUUGUAGCGGCGGCGCGGACUCGGCGGGGAUCGCGGCGGAGGCGGCGGCGGCGGCGGCCGAGCGGGGCUCCAUGUUUUCCCCCGGCCAGGAGGAGCACUGCGCCCCCAAUAAGGAGCCGGUGAAAUACGGGGAGCUGGUGGUGCUGGGGUACAAUGGUGCUUUACCUAAUGGAGACAGAGGCCGGAGGAAAAGCAGAUUUGCUCUCUACAAGCGGCCGAAGGCUAACGGAGUCAAGCCCAGCACGGUCCACGUGAUAUCCACACCGCAGGCGAGCAAGGCUAUCAGCUGCAAAGGUCAACACAGCAUAUCGUACACUCUGUCGAGGAAUCAGACUGUGGUGGUCGAGUACACACAUGAUAAAGAUACAGAUAUGUUUCAGGUGGGCAGAUCGACAGAAAGCCCUAUUGACUUCGUCGUUACAGACACAAUUUCUGGCAGUCAGAACAAUGACGAAGCCCAAAUUACACAAAGCACCAUAUCCAGGUUUGCCUGCAGGAUAGUCUGUGACAGGAAUGAACCUUACACAGCACGAAUAUUUGCAGCCGGAUUUGACUCUUCCAAAAACAUAUUUCUCGGAGAAAAGGCAGCAAAAUGGAAAAACCCCGAUGGCCACAUGGAUGGGCUCACGACAAAUGGCGUCCUGGUGAUGCAUCCCAGAGGGGGCUUCACAGAGGAGUCCCAGCCCGGCAUCUGGCGCGAGAUCUCCGUCUGUGGGGACGUGUACACCUUGCGAGAGACCAGGUCUGCGCAGCAGAGGGGAAAGCUGGUGGAAAGUGAGACCAACGUCCUGCAGGACGGCUCCCUCAUCGACCUGUGCGGGGCCACACUCCUCUGGAGAACAGCCGACGGCCUCUUUCACACCCCAACGCAGAAGCACAUUGAGGCCCUCCGACAAGAGAUCAACGCUGCGCGGCCGCAGUGUCCGGUGGGGCUCAACACCUUGGCCUUCCCCAGCAUCAACAGGAAGGAGGUGGUGGAGGAGAAGCAGCCCUGGGCCUACCUCAGCUGCGGCCACGUGCACGGCUACCACGACUGGGGCCAUCGGAGCGACACAGAGGCCAAUGAGCGGGAGUGUCCCAUGUGCAGGACUGUGGGCCCCUAUGUGCCGCUCUGGCUGGGCUGCGAGGCGGGCUUUUAUGUGGACGCGGGGCCGCCCACUCACGCUUUCACCCCUUGUGGACACGUGUGCUCAGAGAAGUCUGCCAAAUAUUGGUCUCAGAUCCCGCUGCCUCACGGAACGCACGCAUUUCAUGCCGCCUGCCCUUUCUGCGCCACACAGCUGGUUGGGGAGCAGAACUGCAUCAAAUUAAUUUUCCAGGGUCCCGUUGACUGAUAACCUCAACAGCCAUCUGCGACUUUAUUAACAAGUUACUGUGAAGAUUUUGCCACUAACUCUAGAUUUUACCUUUUUUAUAAUGCCAUUUAUUAAGGGGAGGGGGUGUCCUGAGGCUGGGAGAAAAAAGGGGCACAGUGAUGAGACAUGCCAGGAGUUGGAGAACAGUGGUGUGUUGCAUGCUCAGAACAGCAGCAUCGUCAUUGAAGUCUGCUUGAUUAAAACCAUGAUACCUUUGUAACAUUUGGAUUUAAAAUGCCAUGCUUUAAUUUUAACCUUGGGUUUUUUAAACAGGUUUUCCUAGUUAAACUUGGACAGGACUUUAAAUCCUAUCUUACAAACGUAGAAGAAAUUUAUUCAAAAGUUGUUGGCUUUUAAUUGCGACCUUCAGUGCUGCGUGGCAUAGGUGUGAGACUUGCUGUGCCUGGAAAAUACUUGAUACAGGUUAGACUCUGACCAGAUACCAAAGGGGCGGCUCUGUAAGAUGUUGGGGGACAGGAGACCUUAGGCACAGGUGUCUGUUUUGAAUCUGGGGCUUUUUUCUAAUUUUUGUUUUGAGGGAAGGGAAUAUCCAUAUAUGUUUUUUUUUUUAAACUUCAGUGGGAUUCAAUUACGUUAUACAGACAUUCAUCAAAUACCUUGGCAUUUCAAAUGAAGAAUUUUCCGUAACUUUGUAGUCUGCCUUUUGUUAUUUUGGUCUAGUAUGGUCUGUCCCCGAGACUCAUCUUGCAUGGCCAGAACUGUUUGGUUGAUUAAAAUGUGGUAACUCUUAAAAAACCAUUAACUGAGGGUGAUUAUUGCAGCAGUAAACCUGGCCCAGGUAAGAUAAUAUGAAGCUUAUUUGCUUACUGAAUUAUUUAAGAGUGAUUAAAAAUAAGAGUUUACUUUUUAAAACCACUUGUUGGGAUUUCCUAAGUUUUCUUUUUUCUUCCUUAAGAAAGCCAAAAUUCUGUGAGCCUAAAAGCAGCAAAUCACGAUACAGCCACUUUUGUUCACUCCCUUUCUGCCAUCUGUCACCUUCCCUUGCAGCUUAUGGAGCCCUCUGAGUUUUGAAAAUGUUUGCAAAUCAAACUAAAUUUAAAUGUGAUCAUUAGAUAUACACAACACCAAGUGGUACAUCUGCAGAGAUCAUUUGAAAUUCCUGAUUUCAAGAGAGUAAAUGAGUGUUUAUUGAGGAAUAGUUAAAUCAGAAUUUCAUAUGAGCAUCACCAUCCCUCCCUGUUAGUUUCAUUUCAUUUUGAGUAAUAACUCAAUAACUCUUGGGUGUUCAUUCUCUGUGCUGGGUACCGGUGUAUCACUGUUCCCAGGAUGUAAAGAUCCUUUAGGACAUGUGACCACCAGAGCUGGCUGGGAUGAAAUCAAUUCCUGCCACAUGGAGAGAAUAUUUAUUUAAAUUAACAUGCUCUUAAAUUGACCGUUGCAGAUUUGUGCUCCAUUUUUUAACCUUUGUAAAGAUGUGUGAUUUAUAUGAUCCUAAAAUACUGUAUUCCUAUUUGGUUUUUCCAUGGUUUGCCUAUGCAAAUAUUUUGCCUGUUUUCAAUUGUUCUAAUCCAUUUUGAAAGUCCUGUUCCAUAACGUGACAAUACCUAUCAAUCAGUCUUCAUUGCUGCUGCUUAAGUUGACUUAAUAUAUAAAAAGUUCAGCUUUCAAAUAGCUUUACUUUUCAGUGGAGAUUACUGUUUAUGAAGAGGCAUUUUGUUUUGCGAAUUUUUAAGUGAUGUGAGAAAUCCAACAGCAGUCCUCUUAUUGGACUCUAUUCUGUAUAGCUUGCUCGACCUGCAAAGAAAACAAUGAAUUUGCCUAGAAUAUAUCAAAUGCCUUUUGAUGUAGCCAGUCUCCAGUGAUCAGCCUUCAUGGACAGUGUCUUUUCAGUCUGUGCCGCUCCAGGCUCCACAAAAUGAUGGAGAGAGCACGUGGUCCCUCUUCUUGCUCUAUGGCUUGAAGGUAAGGUUUGAGGAGUCUUGAUACCCUAAAAGCAUCUUGUAAAUAAACAGUCUUGCAUCUAGAAAGGCUGGAUUUUACCUAUCAGAAACGUUUUUCUCCAGAAAGUUACCAUCUGAUAUAAAUUUCCUAUUUCAAGGACUAUAGUAUUUCAAGAUCUAGUAGUUCUACGUGCAACAUACGCCCCCAAAUAAAGUUACCUUCCAACCUGAAAAGUUUGACGUUUAGUGAACUUGGGUACUAAAUUCCAAGCUCUGGGAACAGGUAACCGUGACCUGCCCUGUUAGCGCCACACCUUUUCCUCUGACUUCCAGGUGAGGCCCCUCCCGAGGCUGCAGAAGGAAGCCAGGCUCAUCUCGGCCACUUCCAGUAAGAUCUUCCUAUUACUUGGGCUAAUGAGAUUUUUCCAGAGUUGAGAGCAAUUUCAUUUGUGAGAAUAAAGAACCGCAGCUCACCAGAGUAGAGUAAUACAGUUCAGGAAAGGUAACUUCUUAGAGGUCACACCCGUUCUUACGUCUUCAAGGGCGGUCCCACUCCCCAGGUGUAAACAUAGGAAAUCGCAGACCAGUCAUCCUGAUCUCGGCCUGAUUGAAACGCCUUUUGUGAAUAAGUUUCCAGAAAAGCCCCAGUGAUGUAUUCCCACAGGUUUUUUUUUUUUUAAGUUGUUUAUGUCCGUUUGCUAUUUAAAAAAAAAAAAAAUUCAGAGUGAAUGGGAUACAACUCUGAAUAUUUUUCUAGUCUGGAAUUUUUUUUAUUAUUACUAAUCGGUGCUGCCAGGCCAUGCAUGCUGCAACUCAACAUUCCCUUAUUUGGUUUCGCUUUUUGCAAAAAGGGCUACAGUUCACACUGCAGAGUAAGUAUUAAGCUUUCUGGGGUUUUUUUCCCUUCCUGCUGUAGCCCAAAAGAAUUAAAAUCUUUUAAUAUAAGUAGAGAGCAUAUUUAUCAUUCCUCGAUAGUUAAUUAUAGAGUUUGGUACCUUUGUGCCUCAGGGAAGCCACGUGAUAUAACUGGUUAUAGAAUUUCAGGGUUAGGGUUUAAAGAAAGGAGAAAGCCAUUGGAAAAAUGAUGGACUCCAUUAAGGAGACUAAUGAAUCUGGAUGCAGAAAUAUGCCAGGAACUGGCAUACACAUGAUUGUAGUAGAAUUUAUUUCCAGCAUCAAUAGGGAAAUUAUUUUAAGUUAUUACAGCUAUUAUAGUAGCAAAGUUGAAAACUUUUUUCUUCAUAAAACUUCAAUGCUUUAUUUUUGCUUACAUAAAAAAAUUUCAAACCCCUGUCGUUUGAGAGCUCCAUGUUAUUUGGGCACUUUUGGGGAGUUUAAAAAGGAGCAUGUUUUCUCCUUCUCAAGUGUAACACAGGUUACAGAACUGUGACCUACCCACAGAUCAUUUUGAUUAAUUUAUCUUUUUAAAGCCAUUAUGCUCGUUGGAUUUGCAUGAGAGAAUAUACGAUCACAACGUUGUUAAUGCUGGCUAAGAAACUAGUUCUCUUCAUGCAGUUCUGCCUUGUAAGAGUGGAAUUUGUGAUAGACAAACCACAGAACCUUGAUUUUAAGCUCAAGCCAGCUCUGUUCCCUUGGCUGUAAAUCUCACAGCCCCGCAGUUUAGCCUUGGUGGGCUGAGGGUAUGAAGUUCCUCCUCCAGCGCUGCAAGUAGAGCACAGCUCUGUUAUCUCCUCUUUAUGACCAGUCAGAGGCCAGUGAGACGACGCCAGGAUCUUUGUAAAAGAAUGUAAGCAUCAUUGAAGCAGUAAAACAAGUUUCAGUAUUUCUAUUUAGUAAAUCUCAUAUCCCUCUCAAAUAAGUUUUCACCCUCAUGAAGAUUCCCUAGAAGAUAAGGAAAAGCAAACACUUUUCCCGUCCUACUUAACUGUUUCUAAACAAACAAAACUGAACUCGAUGAAAGGGAAGUUGUUUUUUCAGCUAAGAUGACAGAUUGUUUCUCUGUAUUAAGUAGCCUAGAAGCUAAGAGGGUGGUCAUAUUCACCAUGUAUAGUGUUAUGAGCAGUUAAAUUUUAUGGGUAUAUUUGUAAAACUGUUCUUUUAUAUUUCAUGUCAAAUUGAAAAGAUUAUUUCUUCACUAUUGUAUCUGUGGAAAUACAAGCCAUUUUACAGGGAAAAUCUUCAAAAACUAUUAAACAGAUCUUAGUAUGUUUGUGAGUUGGUGUCUUCAGACUCUGUGGCUGUCACUGGGUUCCUCAGAACGUUCAGUAGGAAGCUGAUACAAAAGUAGACUUGAUUUUUCAAACUUCCAAGUUGAUCCCAAACAGUUGUGCUGAUCAUUGUUUUAUAUUCUGCACAAUACAUAUUUAAAUCUGGAUUCUGAAAAUCUUAAGUUUUUUUAUUUAAAAAACUCCAUUGGCGUUUAUAUUUCUUGUGACACUACUGUCAAAUAAAUCUAACUUCCAGGAGAAUUUAACCUGGUUUGUAGAA